AUGGGUUGUCGGGAACGAUUAGCGGUGGUUGUAUCGGAAAUGGAUAGCAUGGGAGAGGAAACAGAAAAUUGGAUUUCCGGUGAGGCGAUGAAAAUUCAACUGCUGGCUCCACCAGAUACUUCACAGCCAGCAGCCGAACAAGACUGUGUCUCGUGCAAAAUCAUCGGCACGGCUAGUCUUUUCGGCAUCGGCUGCUAUAUAAUUUUUGCCACAAGACCCGUCGGAUACUAUGCAACGAGGCCAGUAACUCGUCAAAUAAUUCGAUCAUUAUCAGCAGUGCCAUUCUACGCGUCUGUUGCCCGCUGGUUCUAUCUACCUCCAUUCGAAUCGAUUGAUCCUACAAAACAUGUUAAACACUGA